AUGAUUUACAGAGAACGAGAACCAGAUUGUUCUGAGGUGUGCUUGUGCCGGGACGGUUCAUUGACAUGCAACACAAUCUGCGUUGAAAGGUUACCAUGCCAAACCGACUUCGCAUUCUACAACCAUGCGGCUCCCGCCUACCAGGCAUACAGGGGAAGGUGUCUCUGCUAUUCUGGAAGAUUCAUCUGCAUGAGACCACCACCUGAAUUGUAUGACUUGAAACAAGGAGUGUUCCUCUUUCUUGGAUACAGCGAGCUAGAUGAGAGAAAACUUAGAGCUAUAAAUCAAAUGGAAGUGCAAGAUGCAGUAACAUCAUUACAAGACCUACUUCGACUCCACGUUAAGCCAAAAACGCCCUGCAUGCUGACCCUGUAUAACAGCUCGGAAGAGAACAUCAUACUGGCGGUGAAACUGACCGAUAAUUCAACGCUGACAAAACCUCACGUGGAUGAACCAAAUCCAUCCCUCUUGAUGAAGCAGAAGGAGGAAUGUGAGGCACCCCUCCAGCAGAUCAGCGAGAUGAUAAACUCCAGGGACCCGAUAGUUCAUUCCCACAUCUACCUUUCCAUCUUCAAGACAGCAGAAGUAGACGUCAUCUACCCUGCCCCAAGUUCAAGCAUCGGCCUUCAGCCACACACGACUCUUUUCCUGACAUUGAUACUGCUCAUAUAUCUGUCAUGACCAUGGGAAUUCUGUAUCGACUCAACAGUGUCUCCAUAACCAAAACAUCCUUAUUAAUAAUCCUUAAUUUCCAGGUUGGAAUUAGAUACCCAAACCGGGUCAUUUUUAACAUCUUUCUCUCAUUCUUAACUGGACUGAGCACACGACCCCUCAUUUCUUUUAAAACUUCGUGAACUAACAUGAGUCCUUUCGUCCGUAAAAGCAUAUCACCCUUUCAUUCUUCUAUAAGUGUUAUUCUUGAUCGACUUAUGACUUCAUAUGACGUCAUUUAAAAAAAAAAUACUAUUUACAUAUAUUUAUAUGUAUACAUAGAGAUUUUUCAAAGAAUAUUCUUGAUAUUUUAUCAAACCUUAAUCGUACUUUGAGUGCCAUUGACCACAAAGAAUGAACUAAAAUAAAUACAGAAAAAAAAUUGUAAACAAGAAUUUUCGAAGAUAGGUCAUUUGUUGAGUAAAUUGGUAGAUAUUAUUGUUUUCUAAAAUAUAAGCUUAACUGUGACUCUUAUUCUGAUCGAAAAUAUUAAUUUAUAAUAAUACAAUCCUUAUUUGUUUUAAUAAUAAAUUACAGCAUCACCUCUUGUUUUUAUAAGAAAACAAAACAGGAUUCUGAAUCUUUUUGGGAAAAAAAAAAGUCUACACUUAUUAUCUUUCAAUCCUGUUAGUGUAAAUAAAUAAAACAUAUACGUAAAUAUUUAAUUAAUCUUCCAUUCAAACAAACUUUUUUUUUAUUUUAUGUAUUUUAAUUUCGGUAAUGAGAGUAUUAUUGACUAAACGAAUUUUUUUUUUCAGUCUACCUACCCUGUACACCUGAUAUAUUUUGAAAAAAGAAAAUAAUAAAGCAUCCUAUUUUUUAAAUGUAUAUUUUAAAUGUAAAUAAAUGAUAAUUAAGUAUUUGUAUUAGAAAUAUCAAUAUUUUUAAAACAAAAUUAAGCAAGCAGAAAAUCGUGUACCCAGUAUUCAGAUUGUUUUCGAUUUCACGUGAAAAUGGCACUAAAUAAAAAAUAAAUAAUAUAUAUAUACAUAAAUAUAUAUAUUUAUAUAUAUAUAUUUAUUUAUAUGUAUUCCUUUAAUUGCUCAUGCAGCUCUGUUAUAAUCAAGAAUAUGUGUAUUAAUGUUGUAUUUAUAUGUCGACUUAAUAGUAUUGAUGGAGCAUAAACAUUAUCUGAUAGUAUUUAGAUUAAAUGUGUUUAUAAAUAAUCAACUAAUUAACGUAUGUGGUUCUAUAUGUGUAUCCUUUUAUAUAGCCCAAAAAAUGAUAUGGAAGAUUUAGGUGUUAAAUGUCGAAUUUCAUCCAGUUGUGCAUGUCCCGUUACAAAACAACUGAUAUUAGUUUUGCUGUAUUCACCUAUAUUCCAAAUCGAUUAGCAAUCAGUUUCGAUCAGCUGAUGGAGAUGUGCUUUUCAAUUUUGAUUUUUCCUAAAUGAUCAGCACUUAGUAACGGUUAGAAGCCUCAUACGAAACGAAUCUAGUUAACGAUUUAAAGCUGCUAGGUAUAUAUUUCAUUUGAAUACAUAAAACAGGUAAAAUACAUAUACACAUAAAAAAAAUAUAUAUAAUGCCGAGUUGAGUGAAAAAAAAAAUUCUUAAUAGAUAUUAUUGCUGGAAAUGGAAGGGUACUUUAAGAACUUUAUGAAAGGAUCAUCCAUCAUUGCGCGAUACACUAAAUUUGAGUUCAU